AUGGAGGGACAACAAGAAGAUAACCAAACACGCAAUAAUCUACAACAGCAGGCAGGAAUGCAGGAAUUUGCAAAAAAAACUUAUGAGUUCACUUCCAAUGUUGUUAAUGUCAUUACAUUUAUUGUAACUCUUAUUGGCGCUAUAGUUACGAUAAUUUACGUUAUCCAGAUAAGAAGCGAAAUAACAAUGAUGAACGAAACAUUAAGAGAAAGAAUGGAUUUGGGUUUCGCGAGCAUUGCUAUAAUGCAUAAAAUAUUUGCAGCUAAACUGGAUCUCGUCAAUGAAAAAUGGGCUUUCCUGGAGAAAAAACAUGACACUUUGGAGAAAAACCAUGACACUUUGGAGAAAAACCAUGACACUUUAGAACAAAAAGUUACUGAUCCUCAAGUUGGUCUCCUCGCAGAUGUCCCACGGAACGAGCAGCACGGACGCGGUCAGUUCGGAACGCUGAGUGGUUACCCAAAAGAUGACCUUAUGAGUAUUGGAAUUGCUCUUGGACCUGCUCUAAAUAUCAUUAAUUUGGUUGAAAAACUCAAGCAAG